ACAAAUUGGUUCUGGCGCGAGUUGCAGAGAAACGUUCAGAUUUCAAAAAAAGAAAUCCUUUGGCUCAUUUCUUCAUCCUCUUCUCUUCUUAACUUCUUACUCUUUGAUGCUCCACUCCAAUUCUGAUCUUCUUUCUCUUUGUUUUACGUCGCAAUCUCUUUUCUCUCUUUUAACUCUGUUUAGAUUAACAACUAUAUGCAUGGAAGGGAGAGAGAGAACGGUCUCUGGCUCUCCGGCUAACACUACCACGGAGACUGAGUCUCCGGUGAGCGGAGGUGGGCCGGGAUCGGGAGCAGUGGGGGCAGUACCAAGUGGGUUGGUGCCGCAGGUGAUGAACAUGGCAGUAAGCAUGAGUAUGGAGAGAAGCUUUGGAGGAGCAGUGGGGAUGGACAUGAUGGGUAGAAAGAAGAGAGGGAGGCCAAGAAAGUAUGGUUCAGAUGGGAGCAUAGCUCUGACACUCUCACCAGGCUAUUCUUCAUCUCCUUCCGACUUCUCUCCCAAGCGGAAUAGAGGGCGGCCACCGGGUUCUGGCAAACGGCAAAUACUUGCUUCUUUAGGUGAGUUGAUUGCAAAUACGGCAGGAGGAAACUUCACUCCACAUGUGGUUACUAUAAAUACAGGGGAGGAUGUUGCAGCAAAGAUAUUUUCAUUUUCUCACAAGGGUCCUCGGGCCAUUUGCAUUCUCUCAGCCAAUGGAGCUGUUUCAAAUGUUACAAUUCGGCAGCCUGGUUCUUCUGGUGGUAUUUUGACAUAUGAGGGGCGUUUCGAGAUAUUGUCCUUGUCUGGGUCCUUCGCAAUCACUGAUACUGGUGGUGGAGUACGCAGUAGAACUGGUGGAAUAAGUGUUUCAUUGGCUGGUCCUGAUGGUCGUGUGAUUGGUGGGGGAGUAGCAGGAUUAUUAUUGGCUGCUAGCCCAAUCCAGGAUGAUGGCACCUGUCAUUCUAUGGGUCCUACCUGAGUGAUGUCUCAGGCGAAAGAGACCUGAUCAAGAUGAUCCUGUUCACUGGAUUUAAGCUUCACAAUCACCUUGAAGCAACACUCGGAAACAGCCUCUCUGUAUGUGCAGGGGUAAGACUGCGUACAUCUGUCCCUCCCCCAGACCCCGCAUUGGCGGGAGCCUCGUACACUGGACUGCCCUUUUUAAUUACUUUGAAGCAACACAGAGGUGUUAUGUUUAGUUAAUUGAGUAUAUUCUUGACAUAUGUAGUUAAAAAUACUCUUCCAAAUGCUAAGGUUGCUAUGAAGUUUUCAGUGAUUAGUGGAAAUAUCUUACAUAGAAAUUCGUGCUAUUACCCCUCAUAACCAUGACUUUGAUGAGUUCUACCUUGAUUAAUUUAGUUAUGGAGCUUAGUUUAGGUAAUGCACCCUCCUUUAAUGAGUAGAGUUCUGCUUCAGCAUCUCACUUAAUGAAGUAAUGCUACCAUCAGCUUGAUAAUUAUUAUAAAAUCCAUGAUUUCAUGUGUGCUGUU